AUUUACCAGCUGGACUCUGGAGGAAAAGGCUAUCAUCGUAGGUGUAUAUAAACCGGUUUGAGCGAGGCCAGGGACGAACUUUGAGUUUCUACAGUUCCAGUUGUACUUUUACAUCCUAAUACCACACGCCUAAUCAUGUUUGCAAGACGCAUCAUCACUCUCUGCACCGCCCUAUUCUCGCAGGCGCUCGCCUUUAGCUCCAGCAGCAACUCCAACUUUGUUGUGUACUGGGGCCAGAACUCUGGUGGGUCGCAACAAUCGCUUGGCGACUACUGCCGGGAUUCUACCGUCGAUGUUAUCGCCCUAUCAUUCCUGUACCAGUUCCCUAAUACUGCCCUGAACUUUGCCAACGGCUGCGAAACCAAGUUCGAGGGGUCAGAUCUCCUGCACUGUCCGAACAUGGCCAGCGAUAUCAAGUACUGCCAAUCGCAGGGCAAGAUUGUAGUCCUGUCAAUGGGCGGCGCCACAGGUGCCUAUGGGUUCUCUAGCGAUGCCGAGGGCUCCAGCUAUGCCGACACGGUCUGGAACAUGUUCCUUGGCGGUAGUGCUGACAAGCGCCCGUUCGACGACGCAGUGCUGGAUGGCGUUGACCUGGACAUUGAGGGCGGAGCCACUGCCGGCUACCCCGCGUUCAUCAGCCAGCUGCGCUCGCACUUCUCGGGCAAGCAGUACUACAUCACCGGCGCCCCACAGUGCCCGUUCCCUGACGCCAUGCUUGGAUCAACCCUGAACUCAGCCUGGUUUGACAUGGUCUUUGUACAGUUCUACAACAACUUCUGUGGCCUGGACGCAUACCCCCAGGGCUUCAACUACGAUGCAUGGGACAACUGGGCCAAGACUCAAUCGGUGAACAAGAAUGUCAAGAUCUACAUCGGUGCCCCUGGCUCGCAGAGCGCUGCCGGCCGCGGAUUUGUCGAUGCAGGCACGCUUAACCGUAUUGUCAACGACAUCAAGCAAAAAUACACUAGCUUGGGCGGUGUCAUGACAUGGGAUGCAAGCCAGGCGCUGUCCAGCAGCAAUUGGGGCAAGUCGGUCUCGGCGAACUUGAAGUCUGGAGGUGGCGCACCGGCGCGCAGGAAGCGCACGACCUCGACAGGCCACCAGAUUAUGACGCGAGCUGCAAAUGUGACCAGCUCGGGCACUGAGAUCCCAGUUCGCAUUGAGGUCGUGCAAGGCAAGGACGCGGAUAGGUUUGGAUUCUCGGUGAAGAUACGGGCCCUUGAUGCGCCAAUGGGCAAGAACUGGGAGCUGAAGAUGCCACUGCCGGAUGGAGCCGGAAUCAGCGAUGCCCAUGCUCCCGGGUUUGAUACUUCGGUGCAUGAUGGUCACUUGAUAGUCAGAUCAGAUUCCGAUAACAACGCCAUCGCUGACCAGAAUAUGUCUAUCCAUUUGCACGUGGCAGGAAAGCUCGAUUCUGGCAUGUCGCGCAGGUUCGCACUGCCAGACCCUGCAAAGGCUUCACUUUUGUUCAAGUAAAGUUCAUGCCAAAUAAUAUCUACUAUCUACUAGUCA